UCGCAAAGCUGCCUUAUUGUCAUUAUAUAUCGCAUGUCAGCGCAGUGCAGCGCGUCAGUAGCGUGUCGGUAGCGCGUUCGCCAAUGAGCAGAGUCAAUAGGCGAAAAAAAGGAAGAAAAUAAAGAAGGAAGAAAAGCGAGACGCAGGUAGAUUCGCGAACUCGAAUUCGCUCGAGCUCGUCUUGUCAGUUGGAGCUGGCGCUGCACCGAAAAAGCGACUCUCGUAGAGUAAACAUUGAGCGCGCGCUCGCGCGUCAGCUUCUACUCUCGAGCUAUCUCGAGCCGAAUAAAUACGAUCGCGUCGCAUCCGAGCGCGAAUCGUUUGGCUUUGGCCGCGAGUGCGGGCGCGAUCGUCGAAGCCACUCUCGCCUCCGUCCGAGUGAACAAACAGAGAGAGAAGACGAGUGAAUAAAUUAGCGUCUACUCGGUGGCGUGGCCCCUCGCGCGAGCUCAUGUGCGGCCCAGUGCAAAUCAACCAGUGAUCUCGUUGUAUAAAGAAGAGGACGAAAUCAGAAAGACGCGCGUGCGACAGAUGGGGAUGAAAGUCGUGCCACCGGACGGCGGCUACGGCUGGGCCGUCCUCUUCGCAGCCGUGAUGAUAAACAUGCUGCUGCCGGGCAGCGUCAAGUCCUUCGGCGUGCUCUACGUCGAGUUCCUGAAGGUGUUGAGCGCUACACCUACGGAGGCCUCCUGGAUCCCGGCCCUCUGCUACUUCCUCUACAACUCGCUGGGACCCGUCUCGAGCAUGUUGUCGAGCAAGUUCUCCUACAGGCUCGUCGCCAUCGUCGGCUGCAUCGUCUCCUCGGCCGGCCUCAUGCUCAGCUACUUUGCCGACUCGGUCGCCUAUCUCUACGUCAGUUACGGAGUGAUGAUGGGCAUCGGCUGCGGUCUCAGUUUCCCGGUGACGAUUUACAUAGUCUGCGAGUACUUUGAGAAGCGCCGAGGCUUCGCGACCGGUCUCUGCAUAUGCGGCAGCGCCAUCGGGACCAUCAUCCUGCCCCCCUUGCUGCAGUUCCUUCUCAAUCGACUCGGCCACAAAUUCGCCGUCCUGAUCCUCGGUGGCGUCUUGACGAGCACGAUAUUUUGCGCCUUUUUGUUCGAGCCGGUCGAGAAACACACGAAACUCGUCGCGUUCGACGACGAGGAGAGCGACGAAUCCGCAAAGGCGGGCAAGGAAUCGGCCGGCCUCUACGACACGUCGCGUCGGGGCAGCAUCGCCACCGUCGAGUCGUUGACCCUCGACCCGCGCAGAAUAAGCGUGUCGCUGCAGCAGGUCCACCUUCGCCAGUCCUUCCUCGACAAGCAGAGUCAACUGCCCAAGAGCCUAGCGGUAGCGGAGUCUCAGCAGAUCGAGCCCAAGCCCCAAUUGAUUUACAUUUACCGGGCAGAGCGUCGUGGUGGUCGAUCAAGGGCAUCAAGGGCAUCAAGAGGCCGCCCAGGCAGAGGCGACGGCGGCGCCGAGCGAAGAUCGGGCAAAAAGCAGCUUGUUCGAUCUGGCCAUCCUGAAGGAUCCGCUGUACCUGGUGAUCCUGAUCUCGAACUCGGCGGCGGGCAUCAGCAACACCAACUUCAUGAUACUGCUGCCGGCGUACGCCGUGGCGGAGGGCCACAGUCAGGAGUCGGCGGCGCUGCUGCUGUCGAUCGUCUCGGCCCUCGACCUGAUCGGCCGGGUCGGGGGGGCCUCGCUCAGCGACACCUCCCUCCUGCCCAAGCACUACUACUUCGUGGCGGGCCUGGCCCUGAGCGGCCUCGCGCUCGUCCUGCUGCCGCUGCUCAACGGGGCCUACCUCUACCUGGCCUGCCUCGUGGCGGUCUGCGGCCUCGCCUCGGGCCUCUACAUCGGCACGACGGCCGUCAUAAUGGCCGACAUGCUCGGGCCCGAGAGGCUGGCCUCCUCCUACGGCAUCUCGCUCUUCGUCAACGGCAUACUGCAGCUGGCCGGGCCCCCGAUCUGCAACGCGGCCUUCGAGCGGAUCGGCUCCUACCGGCCCAUCUUUCUCACCCUGGGCAUGAUCGUCCUGUGCGGCACGACGCUCUGGGCUUUCUUGCCGAUACUCACCAGGCGCAAGAACUCGGACAAACACUUGGCCACGACGAGGGCCUGCAAGCUCGAGCCACCCGAUAACGACACCUAACCUACUUCCUAAUCCUAAUUCGUUUCGCCUUCCUCCUUCGUCGUUCGAUUCUACGCGUACAAAUUGCCCACUGCAGCUCUACUAUAGACACUUGUAAUUAUAUGCAGUCACGCUACGUACCGCGACUAAAGCUCGGCCAAAAAUACGAGUCGUCCGAUUUUUUGCCCAAAUCUCAAAGUUUUCGUUCACUUGGACAUUUAACGUAUAAUAUGACCAACAGCUGUAUAAGCUCCUGCCUUAUACGUUCGUAUAUUUUUACACUUGAUUAUUUCGCACGCGACAAUCGCGUUACGUAAUCUAUUGCAUUAUGUACAUCAUUCGUAGACAUCAUUUUUCUAGUUCCAAGUUCGUAAUACCUGCGAUACGUAUCGCCAACAACAAAUCUUUAAUUGUAAAUGCUUAAAACUUAAUAUGUCUAUUCUUUUCUCUCUAUGACGUAUCAAUCGCGCGCGCUCUCAUAUACCAAUUCAUUUUUAUUGCCACUGCAUCUAUCUUGUAACACAUGACUUUUUGAUAAUAAAAGACAUUUUAAAA